AUGUGUAUCUGCACCAUCCUCCACUACCACCACGCGCCCCCUUGCCCGCGCCCCGUCAUCUUCACAACGCACUAUCUCUACUGCCCCGACGCCAUUGUCAACCCAGUCACCAAUGAGAUCCUCUCCCCUUGCAGCAACACCAGCUACAAGCCCUCCCAGGGCAUCGACUACCCAGACCCGUGUUCCACAGGUGGCUGCCUCAUCUCGCCUCUCUGCAGCACGGGCACCUGCCGGCUCGAGGACCUGAAUGGCCUGUGGGUUUGCUGCCAGUGUGACAGAGGGGGGAACCAAUUUCGGACCUGUACCAACAGGAAGUGGGCUUGUCCGGAUACCUUUUGCUAUCACAAGAUCUGCCAGGGGUGUAGGCCGGAUCUGGGCAAGGUCGGCAACCUGCCCGGAGGGAGGUAG